AAGCAUUUACAAUUAUAAUUAUUUUUGUAUGAAUAAUGUUCGUUCGACCUUUUUAAUCGAAAAGUAAUCAAAAAUUAAUAGUAGCUUACGAACAUGUUAACUUAUUUGCUCAUCUUUCGCGCGAUUAUUGAAAAGGCUGUUGAUGUUUGGCCCGAACGAGGAGUGCGAUGGAGUUUCAUUCAGGAUUUUAUAAAAGAUAUGAAGCGCUAUGGACGGGUUUCGUUGUCAGAUGUGGGCGCUGUUCUUUUGAUUGCUGUUGUUCUCACCGUACUUCGAGCCAUGUCAACAACAUAUCUGCUUAAGCCAUUGGCUUAUUGGAUGAAGUUCACCCCAAAGAACAAAAAGAAAUUCCCAGAAAGUGCCUGGAAAUUCCUCUACUACUUUUCUAUAUACACAUACACGUGUAUAUUGUUGUUUGGAAAACAAUACCGAUUCUACAGUGACCCAAAAACAUGCUGGACAGAGUGGUUUGUGGGUAUGCCGAUACCAUUUGAUAUCUACUACCUGUAUUGCAUUCAAACUAGCUUUUACGUACAUUCUGUCUACGCUACGUUGUUCAUGGAUAUUUGGAGGAAAGAUUCUAUUGCAAUGCUCAUUCAUCAUUUCCUGACAGUUUUCUUGCUUUCUUUUUCAUAUGCAGUUAGAUAUUACAAAGUAGGAGUUUUAGUCCUGUUUCUUCACGAUGUUUGCGAUGUGUUCCUGGAGUUUACAAAGAUCUGCGUUUGUUGGAAAAUCAGAGACAACAAAAAGCAUUAUUGGCCCGAAGUUCUCAUUAAUCUUGGCUUUCUUGCUUUUACAUUUACAUGGUUUUACUUCCGUCUCUAUGUAUUUCCUUACAAAGUCCUGUAUCCUACUGGAAAAUACGCCAUAGAACUGUUACCCGAUGCGCCAUUUUACUACUUCUUCAAUGGCCUUCUUCUGUUUCUCUUUGCCAUGGAUCUGUGGUGGUUCCAUUUUAUCAUCAUGCUGGUCUAUCGAGUUCUUACAGGACAGAGUAAUGAGGUGGAAGACACAAGGGAAGUCGGAACGGCGGAGGACCAGUUGUUAAAUAGCGAAGAUGACGAACAUCCUUCAAACGGAGUGAGCCCCCCGGCGCAUUUAGUCAGAAGAAAAAACGGUGCUGCUGCAUUCAUGGGCAGCCAAACGACAAACAGUCACGUGGAGGAAGUACGUCAUCGUCAAAAAGAAUCGUCCACGGAAAGAUAACGCUUUCCAAUUUUUAUAUUAAUCAAAUGAAUGCUGAAUCGACGUAUGCAAUUGUAGUACGGUAUAAUUUUUAUGUGCUAGACAGUUUUUCUACUGGGAAUAUAUCUGUCGCCAAAAAUCGAUUUGUUACGGAUUGCCUUUAUUUUUUUAAAACAUAUAGCGAAAUUCUUUUGAUUUGAUUAUCGUCUUAAGUGAUUUUGAACACCCGGCUUUGAAUUGAAACUAUUUGCAAAAAUUGUGACUUAACUAGAUGUUACGAAGGUCGAGAAUAUUAUACUCGCGUUUCAUCGUAUUUUGUAACCAUUCGCACUCGAAAAGUAAUUGCUUUUCCCUAACUACGGCUUGCAGAGGACAUAAAAACAAAUGUAUGAUACUUAGAAUCGUGAUGAAUUUUGAUUGUAUUUGUA